AUGGCCCAAAUUAAGCAGAUCGUUUUUAACUCAUAUCAAGGUAAUGUAGUUUCCUUACAUUAUGUUGUUAUAAUAACUCUUGACAGUUAUUGGUAUCUCCAUUAUUAUUGUUUUGGAGGUUUAUCGACUAUUUUCAGAUUGUUUUGCUGUUGCCACAGAUCUGGGCAUCAAAGUUUUUAACUGCAAGCCAUUAAUAGAAUUGUUAAACUUGAGUAAGUUGCGUAUAUUAUAGUACGUGUAUGACUUUAGAUAAUAUGUUUGUCUGAUUAUUAUUUUUUGCUGGCCUGAUUUAGUCUCUGAAUACGUUUUAAUGACUAAAUGGUUUUUAGAAGUAGAAUUAGUUGGAUCAGUAAAAUGUGUAGCCAUCCUGGGUAGAUCUAAUGUUAUUGCUAUGGUAUCUGGAGAACCAAGGCCAAAAUUCUCGGGUAAAACUGGUAAGUCAUGCUUAUAUUGUCGUAAUUGCUCUUUUUUGUAUAAAGCAAUGUAUAUUGGUAAAAAGAUGUUUAAUAUUCACAAUGUUUUAGUUAUGAUCUAUGACGCGCUUAAGGAGAAGUUUGUAGCUGAAUUGACUGUAGGAUCUCCUGUUUUGAAUCUUGCCAUAUCGUCGACAAAGUAAGUUUUAUGUUAAAAUGUAUUCUUUUACUUUAGGUUAAGUAACGUAAUAAGUAAUGUAAUCUUUAAACUUAUUUCAACAAAUUUUAGACUGGUAGUCGUACAAUCUCAACAUAUCCACGUAUUCAACCUCGAAAAUGGAUUUUCGAUUGUCAGACACGAAGAAACUGGCCAGAAUCCGUUUGGCCUGGCUGCUUUGAGUCCCUCACCCAAAAACGAGUAUCUGGUCUAUCCGAGUUUGAAGCCAGGAAGUAUACAGGUAGGAACUACAACAUUCCUAUUUUGUCUUUUAGGUUGUGGACCUGUUCUCUUAAAGAUUGAUUUUGUAUAUUCAGGUAGUUAAUCUUCAAUUUGCGAGUCAGAAGAGGUCGUCAGCACCAUCUACUAUAUUCGCUCAUGAGUCUGCUAUAAGCAAGAUAGCGAUUGAUAAUCAGGCCACUAAGAUAGCUACUGGCAGCGUUAAAGGCACUGUGAUACGAAUAUUCGACACACAAUCUAAAGCCAAGAUAUUCGAGUUGAGGAGAGGAGCCCACGCUGUUCAAUUGUUUUGGUAUGUUAAUUUGUUAUAAGCUAUAUCAGUUUUUUGUGCCUAUGUUUAACAAUUCUAGCAUUGUAAUGGCUUUUCAGUAUGUAUAGGUGCAUAAUGGUUUAUGUGUACAACCCAUAUUAUUUUAUUUACAUUGUAAUAUAACUUUUAGCUUCCGUUUCUCGCCGAGUUCCUCGUAUCUCGCCUGCUGCAGUGACAAAGGCACGAUCCACGUAUUUCCGCUGUCACGUCAAGUCGACGAUAAGAUUAAGAACACAAAGAAGAUGUAGGUUUCUUUUAAGAUUCGAUUACUAUAUUCAAAAAAAAGUUUACGUUCCGUCUUGUGUUACCUUACAAGUCAAAAUUUAAUUUUAAAGUCAUGAAUAACUUGAAAAUUUGUCUUACUGUAUGCAUAUUACAGUAUCGAUCAUGUUAUGAUGAAAGAUGAACGUCGAAGUGCUUUCCAAUUCACGAUGCCUCAUCCAGAACAGAUAGCUGAAUGUGCCUUUCUGUCUGAAUGUACAUCUCCAUCCAAGGUCGAUCUGAUGGCUGUUACUCAAGAUGGAAUGUACUAUCAGUUCCAGGAAAGUAGUCCCAAGCCCCAAGGCUUUGACAUGAUCUUUAACUUGGCCACAGACCAAGACUUCUGGGAUGUACAAUAA